GGACGGCAGGACCAACCGUUCAGUCAGAGGGUGAGUAGCCAGUUAGCCUAGAGGGAGCGAAGCGGCCCGACAAGUACACCGACCGGUUUGUUUUGUUACGAUGCCGGAAUAACGGGAACAGCAACACUUGGCAGCCUCCCUCGUAUUUGUAUCGAAGAUGUCUGGGAAGAUUGACAGCAAGCAAGAUUCCCAGCGUUCGCACUUGUCAUCCUUCACAAUGAGGCUGAUAGACAAAUUUCACUCCCCAAAGACUAAAAGAACCUCUUCAAAGAAAACGUCUAAGCCUCCUAUAGAGCGAAGUAUAAAGACUCCAGAGAAGCCUGUAACUAAGAGUCUCACUCGGCUGGAAGAGCUGGAGAAGGAUGUGGUCAGUGCCUUACGAUACUUCAAGACCAUAAUUGAUAAGAUGGCCGUGGACAGAAAAGUGCUGGAGAUGCUUCCCGGAUCUGCUAGUAAAGUGUUGGAGGCUGUGAUGCCUUUAGUGCAAAUGGAUGCUAAGAUUCAGAGCAGUUCAUCCGUGUCCUCCUGUCUCAGCCGAGUCUACCAGAGUCUGGCCAACCUCAUCCGCUGGUCUGACCAGGUCAUGUUGGAGGGCGUGAACCUGGAUGAGAAGGAGACCAUUGUGACCGUCACCGCCAUCAUCAAAGCAGUGUUGGAUGGGGUGAAGGAACUCGUCAAGCUGACCGUGGAGAAGCAGGAGCUCCCCUCGCCAACCUCACCCACUGCCAAAACCAUACCGCCCGUCACCAGCUCGGAGAGUGUUCCGGAGCCUCCCGUUAUUGAGAUGGAGGAGCAGAACUCGACUAACUCCUCUGCCUUGAACCAUUCCACCGAGGUCCCAACGGACGCCACCUUGGCUGAGGAGGUGGCUCCUCCAAAGCCCCCGCUCCCCGGACUCAAAGUCCCCGAGCACUGUCCUCCAGCUCUUCCUCCCAAGAAACGUCAGUCAGCCCCGUCUCCUACGCGCGUCGCCGUGGUUACGCCGUUGAGUCGCGCCACGAGUGGCUCUAGUCUUCCCAUCGGCAUCUGUAGAGCGGACUGUGAUGAGGACGGCUUACAGAGGCGGUUCUCUGGCGGUAGCCACUCGUACGGGGGCGAGUCUCCACGUGGGUCUCCCUGCGGCAGCAUAGGCAAGCUGAGCAGAUCUGAGGAGCAGCUGUCCUCCCCGGAGCAGGACAGCGGCCAGUGCUCACGCAACACCAGCUGCGAGACACUAGAUAUAGCGGAGAGCUACGACCCAGACUACGACUUCCUCAGCCAGGACUUAUCCAGUGUGGAUCAGAUCCCCCUGCCAGCGUGGGGCAGCCUCGCUCCCCUUCCUGAGUCUUAUCGAGAGUCGUCCUCCUCGCCUCGUCCCGGCCAGCUUCCCUACGGUUCAUCCUUGGCCUUCGACCCUGCCCUCGCUCCUCACUCCGCCCACUGUGUGCCUCCUGCCCUGCCUGAAAAGAAGCGUCGCAGUGGCAACCCCGCGGCGCCCCUCGACAGCCUGCCGUCCCACGCCCCCCUGGAGCGGCUCCACUCUCAGUACGACAACGUGGUAGACGAGGACGUGCCAGUGCCGCCUUUCCCCCUGUACCCCCUACUGUCCCCGCUUCCCACCUGCAGCCAUGCUGGGUACAACACGGACUUUGUCAGCACGGACAGCACUCCUAUCCCUCAGAGUCCCCCGCCUCUACCCGAGAAGAAGUGCAGGCACAUCCUGAAGUACAUGCAGUUUGUGGAGGACUACUCGGAGCCACAGCCGUCCGUCUUCUACCAGACGCCUCAGAGCGAGCGCAUCUACGAGCAGCGGAACAGGCUCCUACAGGAAGUGUACGGCUUCACAGACUCCUUCAGCAGCAGCGACUCGGUGCACGAGCCCCUCCCUCCCCCCGCUCUGCCGCCCAAACAGAGGCAGCUGGCCUCCUCUCACUCUGCGUCUCCGUCCUCGUGCUCCUCUUCUUCUCUCUCGCGCUCCCUGCAGCAGUGUGCAGGAGGCGCGGCCCCCCCCGAGGCGGGCGCUUCUCUCAGCGUGGCCGCCUCCGGCUCCUCUGGCUGCCAGGGCUCUCCUGUGCCUGCGAGCCAGAGCGCUGGCGAUGAGGGCGGCGAGGGUGAAUACGUCAAUCUGUAUUCAUCCAGCCAAGCCAACGGAGGCCUGCCACUCACUAAUGGUGACCCCAAUUGUGUAGGAGAAGACGCAUUUCAGGACCCAGCCUUGGACCAUGGCAACGGGCAGGAAGAUUCAGAGAGCUGGACACAGAAGUGUGUGGAUUCUGGCCUGAGCUCUGAGGAGCUGGAUGAGCUGUCUCUGGUCGACCAUGAUGAGAUCAUGGCCCACAUCACACUAAAACAAGAGCACGAUGAUGGGCCUGAUGUCCGUGCGGGAUCAGGGGACAUUUUAUUAGUUCAUGCCACCGAAACAGAUCGCAAAGAUCUUGUUCUAUACUGUGAAGCUUUCCUGACAACAUACAGAACGUUUCUAACCCCAGAGGACCUCAUUAAGAAGCUCCACUACAGAUAUACUAGAUUUUCGCACAGUUCAGACACGGUUAAGAAGCGAGUGAGCAAAAACACCUUCUUUGUGCUUGUACGGGUCGUGGACGAGCUCUGCUUGGUGGAGCUGACAGAGGACAUUCUGAAGCAGCUGAUGGAGCUGGUCUUCAGUCUGGUGUCUCACGGAGAGCUCAGCCUGGCCCGCGUCCUCCGCAAGAACAUUCUGGACAAGGUGGAGCAGAAGAAGCUUCUGAGCUACACCAACUCCCUAAAGACGCUAGCAGCACGUGGCGUUGCCGCCAGGCCUGGUACACUUCAUGACUUCCGUAGUCAUGAGAUUGCAGACCAGCUCACACUGCUGGAUGCAGAGCUGUUCUACAAGAUAGAGAUCCCCGAGGUCCUUCUCUGGGCAAAGGAACAGAAUGAGGAGAAGAGCCCCAAUCUCACCCAGUUCACAGAGCACUUUAACAACAUGUCUUACUGGGUCCGCUCCCUCAUCAUCCUGCAGGAGAAAGCCCAGGACCGGGAGAAACUCCUCCUCAAGUUCAUCAAAAUCAUGAAGCACUUAAGAAAACUCAAUAACUUCAACUCCUACUUGGCAAUACUGUCUGCGCUGGACUCAGCACCUAUCCGGAGGCUGGAAUGGCAGAAACAGACCUCAGAGGGUCUGGAGGAGUACUGCACCUUAAUCGAUAGCUCCUCCUCGUUCCGAGCAUACCGGGUAGCUCUGGCUGACGUAGAGGCUCCCUGCAUACCAUACCUAGGCCUCAUCCUCCAGGACUUGACCUUUGUUCACCUUGGGAACCCCGACUUCAUCGACAGGAAGGUGAACUUCUCCAAGCGCUGGCAGCAGUUCAACAUCCUGGAUAGCAUGCGCCGUUUCCAGCAAGUGCAUUACGACCUCAAACACAACGAUGACAUCGUCUCUUUCUUCAAUGACUUCAGUGACCAUCUGGCUGAGGAGGCACUGUGGGAGCUCUCGCUGAAGAUCAGACCACGCAAUAUAACACGGCGCAAGACAGAGCGCGAGGAGAAGACAUAGACGCUCGGCCUCCCACACAGCCCUGUCUGAAACAGUCGUGGACUUGUGCAAAAAAAAAAAACAAGCAAUUAGAAAUGAGUGUGAUGGCAGCUACUAGACUGGUGGGAACUGCACUGUGUUUCCACAGCAGUUUACAGGACCUCUUUGGGUUUUGUUUGAGUUUUUUAACGUAUCGGAAUUGCACUGCAUCUAGACCUGUGUAAAUACGUCGGAGAGCGUCGACGUGGCAGCCAGAGCUCCAAGAGGCACUCCUCUGGGUCAGAUGUUUAACCAGAUUUAUGUUGGACAUUAUAAUGUGGAACUUGAGGUGAUUAGCCCCCGCCAUCUGGACGCGUAUCGUUGCAGUUUAGAGCCUGCCAGCACUGUGGGCCAACACACUGGCUGGACACACUGCGCCUCAAUAGUGCCCUCUGCCUGUGACAUGGUGCCAUCACUCCUGAGCUGACCAAUGGCUUGAGAUGAUGAACUUCCACUUGGAUGGAGAUUUUGUUUGUUGUGUUUUGGUUGUUUGUUUGUUUGUUUUGUUUUGAAAUGAGGAAAAAAUGCACAUAAGACUGUUUACUGAGGAUUUUAGAAGGAUUGAUGUGUGUAUUUGCAAUCCGGAUUUUUAACAGCUUUCAGCAUUUGGCACUGGGUCUUGGUAUCUAUGGACGGUUUUUUUUAAUAGCAUGGUCCAAGUAGUUUUGGGACCCUGGCCAGGCUUAGCACUUUACUGGGCUUCAAACGUAGACUUAGGUUUGCUGCUGUCACCCCACUGAAACAGCGUUACUCGUCAAACGUUUACAUGGAGUUAGCCAGACAGCUAUCUGUAGAGCAGCUGAGCCUCAGACAUUCUUCCAGUUUCCUCUGCUAUGAUGUGCUCCGGAUGUGUUCUCGGUAACAACAGUUUGUGUUUUGCUGUCCGUCAUACACGCUGUCUAGAAGUGAGAGCCACACUUAACCCAAGUCUUCCAGCUAUAUUUAUUAAAAAUGUUGCUACAUUUUUCAGGGAAAUAUUAGUGAGUCUUGUGAAUUGUGUAGUUAUGUGCAUUAUACUCAUGCUUAUGGUGAGUAGUAUAGCUACAUUUUCAUGUUUGUAAUUAUUGCUACAAAAAAAAGUGUGGCAUUUUAAGGCUUUUACAAAUGUAAUACAGUUGUGACAGUGCGUGAGAGAGGAAACUGACAGCGAAGCACAUUUUGUUGAACCGGUAGAGUGUACUCUCAUAACCUGAUACCAAGUGCCUAAAGCUGUUCAAAUGUGAGGAUGAUUUUAUUUCGUUUUGUAUAAUGCAUUUUUUGUUAUUUGUCUAUUUGUCUUUUUUGUUUGUUUGUUUUUAAGCAUUUUACACAGACACUUUUGAAGGUCAUUCUCUUUCUCUCUGCGCUAUGAGAAGCUCCGAUAUGUGCACUUAGACUUUUGUUCAAAAGAGAAAGGCUGGGCUGAGUGUUGAGCUGAGCCCAAGCACACAGGAGAAUGAAUGGAUCUUUAGGCAUCUGGGGGUGGGGGGGUACUGUUUGAGGAACCCUGUUCGUUAACAGCACUGAUGUCUAGAUCAAGGACCAGUCAGCAAUCGAUGCAACCGAUAGGUCAGUUCUAAGCAUUACAUCAGCAGUUAAAGCAUUGGUAAAGCAACCAAAAUUGCUUACAACAAAUUGAAGACAACAGCCAGUUAUUUACAUGUUAACUGGUGGCAGUUUCAUCUGAUUUGUUUUUAGAAGCAAACAGUUUGGUUAAAAUCCAUAAGAAAUGCCAUAGGUACUUCUGUCAUGCAGUGUCCUGGUAAACCCGGCACUGCAUCUGUAAACCAAGACUCUGGAAGUGGAGGCAAAAUACAAAAAUUUGUACUGUCUGAAAUAAAAUUAAAGACUUCUGUACACACAAA